AUCAUUGCAUUCCUUCAAGAUGGCUACAGAGUUGGGCGAUACGCCUAAACCAAAUGACCCCGUUGAACCAAACGGGAAAAAAAACUUACAGGUGUAUGAAAGUAGCCACAAAAAUGGGCUCACGAAUGGAAUAAAAGAACAUGAUAAAAAAAGAGCGCAAAAUCAUGUCUCAAAAUGGCAAGAUGAUUUUUAUGAGUCUUUUGAAGAGACCCCACUGCUGGUUGCCAUUCUGACAUAUUUGGGCUAUGCACUCCUUGUUGUCAUUGGGCAGAUUCGUGAUCUGAUGAGAGCGUAUGGAAUUGAGAAAGACAAAAGCUGCACAGAACCAAAGCUUGAGGGCUUUGUGCCGCUAUUCUUGAGCUGGGAGAGCUUUUAUACAAGAAACUUGUAUAGACGCGCCCGCGACUGUUGGAACCGCCCCAUUUCUAGCUGUGCUGGGGGUCGCAUCGAUGUCAUGGAGAGAGUUUCUCCUGACUUUGGAUGGAACUUUGAAUUGACUGGGAAGAAAUUAAAUGUGAUGAAUUUUGGCUCGUAUAAUUAUUUGGGUUUUGCUGAAAACAAUGGCCCCUGUGCUGAUGCUGUACAUGAAACUACAAACUCUUACGGUGUUGGGGUGUGUGCCAGUCGACAAGAAAUGGGUUACUUGGAUGUCCACCGUGAGCUGGAUGAACUAGUGGCAGAGUAUCUGGGCGUAGAGGCAGCCAUCACAGUCCCCAUGGGUUUUGCUACCAACUCUAUGAACAUGCCAUCUCUAGUUAGCAAGGGAAGCCUGAUUCUCAGUGAUGAACUCAACCACGCCUCCCUCAUCCUGGGCUCAAGACUCUCUGGGGCACUCAUUAGAACUUACAAACACAAUGAUAUGGCUGAUCUGGAGAGGAAACUUAGGGAUGCUGUGUGUGAAGGCCAGCCAAGAACUCACAGGCCCUGGAAAAAAAUUCUCAUUGUUGUGGAAGGUGUUUACAGCAUGGAAGGCUCAAUAGUUCGUUUACCUGAUGUCCUGCGCCUAAAGAAAAAAUACAAAGCCUAUGUCUACUUAGACGAGGCACACAGUAUUGGAGCUAUGGGCCCUCAUGGGAAAGGUGUUGUGGACUAUUUUGGUCUUGACCCACAUGAUGUGGACAUCAUGAUGGGAACAUUUACAAAAAGUUUUGGAUCUGCUGGAGGAUAUAUUGGUGGUUCUAAGAGCCUCAUCAACCACCUGCGAUGCCACUCUCACAGUUUUAUCUACUCCACUGCCAUGUCACCACCUGUAGCCAAGCAGAUCAUUAGUUGUAUGAGGAUUAUCAUGGGAAAAGAUGGGACUAAGGAAGGUAUGAAGAGGAUCAGACAACUGGCAUGGAACACACGCUACUUCAGGAGACACCUACAUAACAGGGGCUACAUUAUAUAUGGAAACAAGGACUCCCCUGUUGUCCCUCUACUUUUGUACAUGCCCUCUAAAGUCGCCAUGUUCAGUAGAGAAACACUGAGGAGAGGGAUGGCCACUGUGGUCGUGGGGUUCCCUGCCACACCUCUUAUAGAGACCAGAGCCAGGUUCUGCCUCUCUGCUGCACACACCAAGGAAAUGCUAGAUGAGGCUAUUAAAAUUAUUGACGAUGUUGGUGACCUGCUCAGAUUGAGAUACUCCAGUUUACCAGCCCCGGAUUUCUCAGAGGAUGGAAUCCAGUUGAUAGAGGAGGCUUAGCAACUAAACUUUGCUCAGGAUUUUGCUCAAGUUUAAAGUCAAAUAUGUUUUAUGUGAUGCUGAAUUAAAAAAAAAAUACAUUGAAAAAUUUGUUUAAAAUACUCUUUUGAAAGAUCUGUUAGGUAUUACAUUUUUUGUUUAAGUAUUUUGGGUUUAAUGUUGACAGUCACUGUUUUGAGAUUGUUACCUUUUUAAAAAAAAAAUCUAUUUUGUAUUGUGUAAGGUUGAUGUGAAAGUUUGUACUCAGAAAUUAAACUUCAAAUCAAAUUUCCUGUGGUAGUCCAUGUAAACAUUUUAGACUAGCUGAUAUAAGUGAUAGUUUUAAAAUCACAUUAUUUUAUAAUAGAAGUAUAUUUUGUAAUACAUACGUGUGUGAAUAUCUAUUUUUUAAUACACCAUUCUCAAGGAAUUUUAUAAGGCUUUUCGUUGUUUUGUAAAUUAUCAAAAUAAAACAAAUAUGUAUACAUAGCAUAACUAUCCAGGUUAAAGCCCAUACCAUUUAUUUUUAAAGUUCUAAGAUACCCUUGCAUUAAAUGAAUAUUUAGGAAUUAAAAACUCAUUUUUACAAAGCUUUUUACAAGUUGAUCAAUUUUUACAUUCCUAAAGUAACUAUUACAUUUUAUAACAGUAAUUUUUUUUUUUAAAGAAAGAAAAAGUGUUUAAAAAUCUUAAAUAAUGUCAUAUUAAAAAACUUGCAGUAAUGUUUAUAGUAGAAUUGAGUUUGAACAUUUUGCUAUUAUGUUUACAUAUUUAUUACCAUAAUUUAUUUCUUUUUUUACUUUUUUAAAUUGAGUUGUACAACUAAAUCAUUUGAAUAUAUUUAUCUGCUUUGUUUACUAUGCACUAUAAAGUUAUUUUAUAUUUCUAAAAACAUACUUUUGCUUGUUGGUUUCCAUAAAGGAGAAAGUUGUUACAAUCUUACAAUGGAUGCAGCAGAUAACAGGUUUUACAGUAAGAUGCUGUGUGCAAGUGUAUUAAAAUCUAGUAGAUGGUUCCCAGAAAGUGCAGUUUUCCAUUGCGUAUCUUUCCUGUGACCCCAGUAUGAUCCACCUACUACUAAACACAACAAACUGGCCAUAACCUUUAAGUUUAGCAGCUUUAAAUGUUAUUUUUUUCAACUGAUAAGGCAGGAAUUAUUUUUUUAAUGGAUCUUAUUUGCAGCUACCACAGGUUGUCUUUCAGCUUUCUCUGUAUGAAGUCCAAGCUAACAGCCUAGUCUAGCUAGGACAGAUUUUAUGGGUUCCAAAAUAAAGCAAUUUAAAAACUUAA